AAACACGACUCGGCUGCCAGUCGACCUAAGAGCACUCACGCACGGAGGCCCACCGCCGUCCCGAUAUCGCUCUCAGCGUGCGCUGGGGUUCUGGCCAAAACAACUGUCGUCAAUUUAGGGUUUUAAACCCCCCCAAAAAAUGUGCUCUUAAUUGUCGACGUUAAUUGGUUUGAGUACGAUCGGUCCUGUACGUGGCUUCACCUAUUUACGGAACCUCUUGUAUAUUAUAACGACGAUAAACGACGAACGACAUCGUCGGAGGAGUGGAUGAUGUCGCGUUGUAUGACGAGCCAAUUGACUGGACUUGCGCAAUGAGUGGCGAGUGAGUGGGAUGUGAACGCGCUGAAUGAAUGAACGAAUCAGUGGCCGUUGGUAAGUGAGCAGCGGAUGACUGAAUGAAUGAGUAGAAGCAUUCGACCAUGCGUGCGCACUCGCCGCCCCUGAUGAUGCUCAUGUUGCUGAUGCCCUGGGGGUGGUGGCUUCACGCGGGACACGCGGCCGUCACGAGGGGACACGGGACGGCUCGCAUCGGGGCGGAGACGUGGGACGAGCCCCACGGCAGAGCGGACGAAUCUCGCUCGGGAGACGACGGCGCGAAGGCACGGGACGGGUCACGCGCGGGCACGACGGAGACGCGCGGUGAUGCCGCUGAUGCCGGUGGUGGUGGUGCUGGUGGUGGUGGUGCUGGUGGUUCUCUUAGCGGAGACGACGACGUCGCGGAGACGCACGGUGGCUCACGCGGAGCGGACGUCUCGCACAGAGGGGACGACCCGGAGGCACGGGCUGCUGUCUCGCGCCGAGGGGACAGCAUCGAGAGCGGGGAUGAGUCUCACCCGGACACCGCCCGGACGCGCGGUGGCUCACGCGGAGAAGACAGAAUUGGCACACGGGACGGCGCGCACGCGCGACGCGUACGGGGGGGCAUGGCAGGACACGUCCCGUACAGGGGGCACCUCUCUCUCGACAGAGCCCACGGCGCGCACAGGGGCCACGGCAACGACACGUCGCCCGUGGUGGUGCUGCCGGAGUACAUGGUGUCUCUGUACCGCACUCUGUCCGUGGCCGAGAACCUGGGACUCAACGGGAGCCUCUCUCGCAAGGGCACGGACGCGAACACGGUGACCGGAUUCGUGGACAAGGGGCACGGCGCGCUGGCCCCCGGGCUCACGCAGCGCUACGUCUUCGACGUCUCGGCGCUGUCGGCUCACGACUCGUUGGUGGACGUGGAGCUCCGUCUGCUGCGGCGCCCGCCGGAGGCGUCGCGCCGCGAUCUCUCUCGCGGGGGGCUCUACCACCUCAGCGUGUGGGGGUGCGGGGCCGACUCCGCACCCCCACACCGCGGCGACGGCGGUGGGGGGGGAGGCGCCCCCCUCGACUCUCGAACCAUCGACGUCCUCGACUGGCAGUACCCGCGCUGGGAGGUGUUCGACGUGAGGAGGUCGCUGCUGGCGGGCCAGGGAGCGUUUGGUGGUGGUGCUGGUGGUGCACAUCGAUCCGCAACUGAGCUGUGUUUGGAGCUCGAGGCGGUGUCGGACCGAUCCUCGGCUCGCGUGGACGUGGCCGAGUUGGGCUUCUCUCGACAGGGACGCGACGCGGAGCGCAGCGCGCUCCUCGUGGUGUUCAGCCGCGGGCUGCGGCGCACGGACAACCUCUUCAGCAAGAUCCGCGAGAGGAUCAAGCCGUCCAGGAGGCAGCAGCAGCACAACAACAAUCGUCAGAAGGACCACCACCACCAUCAGCAGCAACAGCAUCAACAUCAUCAUCAGCACAGCAACAAUCGUCAGCAGCAUCUCCGUCACCACCCUCACCACCACCACCACCGCCAGCACGCCACAGACGAGGCGAAUGCUCGCGCUCGCCGCGGCAGGAGGAUGACCGUCCCCGGUCGCGGUGGUGGCGGUGGUGGUGGCGGUGGUGGUGGUGGUGGCGCGUCUCCCAAGGGCGGCGGCGCGUCUCAGGCCUCGCCCGGCGGGGUCCCGGCGCGUCGCUCCUCCUCCUCUUCGUCCUCCUCGUCCCGCUCGCGCUGCGGUCGCAGGCAGCUGCGGGUGAACUUCAAGGAGCUGGGCUGGGACGACUGGAUCAUCGCGCCGCUCGACUACGACGCGUACCUGUGCGAGGGCGCGUGUGACUUCCCGCUGCGCUCGCACCUCGAGCCCACCAACCACGCCAUCAUCCAGACGCUGCUCAACUCGCUCGAGCCCGACGCCACGCCGGCCAGCUGCUGCGUACCCACCAAGCUGAGCCCCAUCAGCAUCCUGUACAUCGACGCGGGCAACAACGUCGUGUACAAGCAGUACGAGGGCAUGGUGGUGGAGGCGUGCGGCUGUAGGUAGCCCGGUUCGAGCCGAGCGUGGUGUGGGACGUGAUGCGUGAAAAGCCAAAAUAAUCCGGAGGAGCCGUGAACUUCAUGAGCAGGAGGAGGCGCUGGCGAUUCGGUGCUCCCUCAUUGUUUUCCGAGGUUGCCAAUCCCCGCGUCCAACAUUUUUGAGAGGACCGCUUUGCUUCUCGUGCUUCGGUUGGGCAGUCCAAUUCGGGUGCCCCCCGAGGGCGGUCGCACUGACCGCACCGAACCAAGGUGGUGUUGCCACCUCUCCUGGUUUUGAUAUUUUUUUGGAGCGUCUUUUCUCUCUCUUUCUCUCUCUCUCUCCGUGAUGGAGCAGCCUCUCGCCCUGCGGAAAUCCGAAGAGUCGUUGGCCGGCACACGAAAAGCCUCGGUUUAUAUCGGUUGCGUAAUAAUGCACCCAGGGAUUAAUUUAUCAUCGAAUAUUUUAGGGGGAUCGAUAGUCCCCACAUCCCCCCCCCCUCCCCCCGGCUAUGAACUCCGCGCCCGCCGGAACAGCAGAGUGUGAUGGGGCUGGGCGUAUUUUCUGGAGCCCAGCGACCGGACCAGCUGUGGAUUAAUUGAAGCCACCACUCGUGUAGCUAUCCCUGCGUGGGGUACCGUGGGACCUUCCCCUUUUGUUGUUGUUGAACCUCGGCAGUGGCAAUCCCAGCGCCACGUGGGGUGGCAGAGGAGGCUGGGCACCAGGAGUGGAAACCUGCGACGGUGAUGGAUCGGUUCGUAGCUUUGGUGGUGGUGGGGUCAAGGUGUGACUGUUGAAAGAAGGUAUCCCCGUGCCGCGUUGGUUCACGGGGGUUGUUUGACCAUACUUCACCAUUCUGGUCAAACUCGGGUUGCUGUGUUCGUAGCACCACCGCGAUCGCUAUUGCUGUGUGCGAGUGUCUGUGUCUUCCACCCGGAUGGCCUCACCUCCAGACAGACGACUCGAGAGGUGGCUGUGGUGUUGCUAUGACUGUCUGUCUCCUUCAUCAUCAUCAUCAGUCGUCUGUCACGGUCAAUCUACCGCUGGACGAAGGACACCCCAAGCCGCCGACGUCACUGCACACGCAAUCCCGGCACGUAACAAGCCCCGUUCGCUCUUCUUCGCGGUUCGAAUCAUGUCGUCGUCGUCGUUAUUAUUAUUACCCUGCAGGGUGCCGCUCCCUCUAAAUCCACACCGCUCCUUCCCCCUGUUUCCCAAUAUAAUUCCUGUAUUCUUCACGACUCACAAAGCACAAGCAUGGCCCAUGUAUAAUACCAGGUGCAAUGCAAGCGUGGGGGUGGUGGUUGUGGUUAUAGGAGAUGGCAGUAUUGCGAGUAGGUUCGUAAGGCCAUCUGUUGCAGACUGUUUGAGCAUUAUUGCUUCUUAUCCGCGAUGAGCUUUCUCCGGGCACUGCGGAUUCCUUUCAUUUGAUAGCAAAACACUCAUGAUUUUAAUAGGCACUGGCUCCACAUUCCAGUGGAUGCAGCAGGACCCUCUUGAAAACUGCCUCGAUGCUCAGUGACACUUUCCUGGAUAUAUAAAUGGCAUUAUUGUACGUACGUAUGUGUGUGGAACUUCUUUCGCACCGUACUUAGCCAAUCGUGCUAAUCGAAGGUGCCAUUAUUAUUAUUAUUUUACAGAGGAAAUUAUGUUUUGUGUUGUACUUUUCAAAAAAGUUGAAAGUCAAAGCGUUGUAACAGUCAAUACGAAUGGCACUAAACUUAAAUUUAACAACCCUGACAAGGGCUAACCUCUGCGAACAACCACAAAGUAGUACUCAUUUUAUAUACCGUGGGUUCACUCAGCUCUUGAGGUUAUUAUGUUGUUAACCAACGCCAUAUGCCGCGAACAUACAUAACACUGGGGCACGUGCUGUUAGCGAGCACCUAUUAAGUGCUGCAAAUGGCAUACAAGGAGAGUGUCGUGUUGCCAGAAUCGUGGUCAGCUGUAACUGAUGUUUACAUAUGCCACAACAUUAAUUUAAGGCCGAGUCGGCCUAGGCGAGGCUCAGGAUCGGUUUAGAUAUCACUCUCAGCUGAUGUUAGCCGGCGGACAGGAGUCAAACUCAGGUUGCGGUGUGAAUAGUGCAGUGUACGGACCACUUGAAUUGAAGCAAUUUAAUUGAUCAGAUUUGGAGUAUUGUAAAACGGAGUGAAACACCGCUCCUUCCUACCUUCCCAUCUUUGUCUUUUUUUGUACACAAUCCAUCGGCCACACACGCGGACCUUAUGGGAGUUGCAUCGGUUAACUGCAAGCAAGCUCUGAACCGGUUAACUGCAAGCAAGCCCUGAACCGGUUUCGACAUUCAGUGGCUCACUAGCAGAGUCAAGGAUCAUUUUUAUUUAUAGUUUUUGUUGUUGUUGUCGUUGUCACUUGUUGACCCGCUCCUACUGGACACCUCCGCCUCUACUUGGGUGCCACGGUGGCGAGAUGUUAACUCCCUCGCCUGGUAUAGAGGAGGUCGUGGGUUCGAUCCCUAGCCUGACGCUUGUAUAUGUGGAGUUUGCACGUUCUUCCUCGUGGUCGUGCGGAUUCUUUUUCUCCGGAGCCUCCGGGGUCUCCUUCCACAUUUAGAAACACGCGUUUAGAAUAUUUGGCCGCUAUAAAUGUCCACACACAGUCAGCCACUUCGAUGAGUUAUCUUUUGCGAUAGCGAGGUCACUUCUCAAAGCCAGCUAUAUAGCUCAGUGGGCCUUAACUGGUAGAAUACAUUUU